ACCAUUACCAUACUUACAAGCUAUCACAACACCGAGAGAAAGCCAAAGAGACAUCAGGGGUUCCUGAGAAUAGAAGUACAGUACGGUAACAGUCUGACUGACUGACAGUCUCCAUCGCAAGGAGCAGAAACUAGCAACUAGGCAAACAUGUGGGGCCAACUGGGACGACUGCAACAAGGAAACAACGAUGAGGAGGGUGAAGCCACUUCUCCUGGCGGCAACAAUCUGUGGUCACAACUCGGUUCGCGACUUUUGGAGGUAGCCGCCGAUGUGGCCCAAGAUUUGGCCCAACCACAAGACGAAGAUGGCGACGAAGAUGAAGAGUACUAUGAAGAAGAAGGCGAAGGUUGGGAUGAGAGUUUGGGCUUGGAUGGGACUCCAUCGUGGGAAGAACAGCCAUCCCAACAGCAAGUAGAAGAAGAAGGCCAGUAUUACGAAGGAGAGCAACAGGACUAUGCUGGUGGAGAGGAACAGUACUACGAAGGGGAGCAGUACGAAGAAGGAGGAGAGCAGCAACAAUAUGCCUAUCAAGAAGGUGAAGAGCAAUACGCAGACGAUGAUCAACAGCAGCAGACUGGCUUUGAUGCGGAAGACGGUUGGGGACAGGAAGAAGAAGUGGAUUUUUCAAGGGAAGAGGAGCAGAAUAUUGCAGCAACAGAAUCCCAGGAAAGCCAACCUUUGUUUGGAGCGGAAACAACUCUUCCACAAGCAGAGCAAGAGCCCAUUGCAAAUACUGGCGAUGAGUGGGAUUUGGAAGAUGAAGAUUUGUUUGACGAUGACGAGCAGCAGGCUGAAGCCAGUCCGCAAGAGGAGGAACAGCAACAAUUCUCGGAAGAAUAUAAUGAACCGGCACCAGAAGAGCCAGAUCAAAAUGCCUGGGAUCAUGAAGAGAGUCUCAAUUUUGGCGACGAACAUGACACGGAAGGGGGAGCUGUAGCAGAAGAAGAGGGUGUGGAUGAAAACGUUGCAAGUGCUGAAAACCCCGUGAAUGAAUGGGAUCAGGACGAUGUCUUGGAUGAACAACAGAAAGACGAGCGUGUCAAUGAAACUCAAAUACACAACGAUAGCUAUGAUACAGCACACGAAGAUGGAGGCGGUGCUUGGGAUGAUGAUGGCUUGGAUCUUGAUGGCCUCAACGAGGAUCAAGACAACAACGAAACAGCAUUGGCCGUUGAUGAAACAUUUGCCACUGCCCACCAAGAUGCAGAAACAAGUGCAUUUCAGGAUACUGCAGGGGUCGAGGAUAAAGCGCCACAAUCAACUGACCAGGCCCAAAUCGAUUCGAACGAAAACAAGAAUGCAUGGGACAUGGAUGAGUUCAAUGAGUUGAAUAUUAGUAGCCACCAUGAGACAACCGCUCUCGACACGCCACAACCAGAGGAAGAUUCUACAGUGCCAAAAGGCAAGAAAAUUAACUCUGUUUCAUUCUUCGAAGAACCCACCGACAACAUUGAGCAACAAGAAGCGCCACCUGACGUUAACGUGAAUCUGUUGGACGCCGAAACUCCAGAUGCCAACGCGGAUGAGGGCAACGCUUGGGGAACCGAUGAGUUUGAUUUCAGCAGCCACCCCGACACAUCUCCAGCUGAACAGCCUUUGGAUAGCACAGCCCCGGAGGAGAACGAUGCAUGGGGGAAUGAUGAUUUGCAAUUUAGUGAGCGUAAUGAGGAUGAUGAUCCAGCAACUGUUGAUGCGGCACAGGAAACAUCUCCAGCUGAACAGACUUUGGAUAGCACAGCCCCAGAGGUGGACAAUGCAUGGGGAAAUGAUGAUUUGCAAUUUAGUGAGCGCAACCAGGAUGAUCCUGCAACUGUCGAUGUAACACAGGAAACAUCUCCAGCUGAACAGACUUUGGAUAGCACAGCCCCAGAGGUGGACAAUGCAUGGGGAAAUGAUGAUUUGCAAUUUAGUGAGCCCAAUGAGGAUGAUGAUCCAGUAACUGUCGAUGCGGCACAGGGAGCAUCUCCAUCAGACCAGCCUUUGGAUAGCACAGCCCCGCUGGAGGACGAUGCAUGGGGAAAUGAUGAUUUGCAAUUUAGUGAGCGUAAUGAGGAUGAUGUGACUGCUGCUGCGACCGAAGUCAAAGACACGACUGCUGCCGCAGAAUCGGAAGAGACCCAUGCAGAGGGCGAUGAUGGCUGGGGUGACGAUGUCCUGAACUUCAGCGGUCACCCUGACGAACACGCGGAUGCCGUAGCAGAAGAUGUCGGUGCUGCAGCAUCGGACGAUGCGGUUGGCGAUUCAGAGACACAGGAAACUGGAUCCGAAGGUGAUGAAGUCCCGGGCAACAAAUCGGAGCCACCCGACCUCGAUCCACACGACAAUUCUCGCGAGCUGGGUACUAUCAUUUCAAACAGUGAUGUUGCCAAUGCAGACGCCACACCAGCACAGGGUAAAGCUGAUGGUACCGCCAAGAAACCCAAUGAACAUGCACCAACCGGGAUUUCCGACGAGGGAAUUGUCCAGGAUAAAGUUGAGACGCAAGUCCCCGAAAAUGCUUGGAAUGAUUCAGAUGAAGAUGAGAAUGUGGACUCUGCCGGGGACUGGAUAGAAAAUCAAGAGUUGGUUACGAAACAUGCUGCGCAUUUCCAGCAUAACGACGACGGAGGCGACGACAGUACUGUUGAACUCUCCAACAUUGGAUUUGUGGACAAUAGAGAUGGGAAACCGGCUGGCAGCGACGAGGCCAGCGCUUCGGAAGUAAAAUUUGCUCUUCCAGCCCGUACCCCCUCUCGACGUGCAACCAUUCGCGCCUCGAACACGUCCUCAGCGUGCUUGUCAAGGAGAGGUUCUGAAGACGAAGAUUCCGAACCAAUGGGCGAGAAAAUUCUUGGUACGUCUGUCAUGUUUGCCGAUAUGACGCUCGAUAGAAAAGAAAGCGACCCUAUCCCUUCCGACGAUGGUGUCACUGGCACGGAAAUCAGCACAGUCCCAAGCGAUGUUAUGAGCUCUGUCGAAACCCCUGAGAACGUGCAACCUGCACCUGCAGCGACGGAGGUUGCAGUAAGCCGUGAUGCUCUAUCGUCGGUUUCCGACUACAGUUCAGAGUUGCCGAAACCCACAUUCGAGACUCAAAUUUCGAUGAUAACGCUAAGAAGCACUGCUGAUAGUUGUCCCUCCAGGCAACGCGACAAUGAUAGUGACAAUGAAGAGGGAUAUGGCCCGGUUGUUGACAAGACGCCAGAGGUUGGUGCCGAGGCAAGCACACUACGGGGGCUGUCAACAAUGACCAUCAAUUCCACUGCAGUAGCUGCCCACAGCAUAGGUGACGAUAUCAAGGAAGACGACGAUAUGGAUGGAACAUACUACGGAUCUACGGCGGGAGAAGGGCAGGAAACCGAAAAUGCGUGGGAGGAAGAUGAUGCAACUAGUCUUGGAGGCCUGCAUGACCUAAGUGAGAAAAUCGUAAAUUUCGAGCUAUCAACUGACCCCAACUCAUCGGCUGCUCAGGAGGAUGCAGUUGUCGCUCCAUUGAGCAACGCAGCUUCACAGGAAGCCGAGGCUGUAACCCCUCCUUUGGAUUCUUCCAUGGCCAUCCUAUAUGCGGACGAUAACUCCGUGCCAUCUCGCGACAAGGAUGAUGACAAUGAAGAAGAAUACAAGCCAGUGGUUGACCAGAUCCCAAAGCCACUUCAAGAGUUACUCAACGAGAAAUCUGGCAGGACGUUAAAUUCGAUGGCCGUUCUCGCUGAUACUAACAGCCAGGACGACGGCAAGAAUGAAGAAUCAUCAACGGAAAAGGGAACCAAUGACGGUGACAAUGGAUGGGAUGAUGAUGGAUUUCUUGGAGACAUUGAUGAAGGGGAGAAUGGUGAUGAUGAUGACGAUGACAAUGAAAGCAAUCCCGAGUCAAAUCAGGUUGUUAUUGAUAACACGCCCAUGGAAGCAAACUCGACAGGAUGGAAGUUUGGAGGAUCGCUGGCAGCCGUUGCAUCAGCAGACAAUUCUUGUCCAAGUAGGGUACACGAUAGUGACGAGGAAGUCUACGGACUCAUGGUGGAUCAAAUUCCAGCGCUGCCCGCUCCGCUGUUAGAUCAGAUGUCAGUGACAGCCCUCUCGAUGGCCGUGGUGGCCAACAAAGAAGAUUUGAAGGAGAACGAAGAGCUUGAUGCUAGUGAUCAUGGAGAGUCUACCGUGGACGGUAUGGGAGUUAGUGCCUGGGAGAAUGAAGACAUUGGUCUAGCAGCUGACCAAGACACCAAGGAGAAGGGAAAUGUUCCAACACCAGUGGCUCGAUCCGAUGCCACUCCCACCGAAGGUCAAGAAGACUGCGUUGAUGAUCGCUUGGUUGAUCUGACCCCGAAAAUUGAAGGCAAAAAGGUCUCACGUUUUUCGUCGAAUUCGCUGGCCGUCUUGGCACACUCUGUCAACCUUGAUGAAGAGGACGACGAAGACGAGGAUAACGACUCCCAUUUUGGGCCUGUUGUCGAUAAAACUCCUCUUUCGCAGAAGCCACCCGCAAUGACUCCCAGCUCAACAGCUGUCCAAGCUACACGGCAGGAUGAAACCACAGAAGGUGGUGUUGGAGGUUGGGAUGACCCAGAUUUCCCUGAGUUGGAGGAUAUGGAAUCAGGAGACGAGGGAGAAGAGGAUGAAGAAACAGAAAGUGAGGCCCCUGUGGAAGAAUCCGUUCCAGUGACAGCAGAGGCAGAUGACAACCAAGUUGUCCUCGUGGACCACACUCCAGAAGCAGUGGUGACUCCAAGGAAGCUCAAGGGUGACGCUUCAAUAGCCGUUUUGGCCCCCUCUGAAGAUGGCACUGUUGUCAGCAUGAUCAAUGAUGACGAUGAUGUCGACACUAUAGAUCCACAUGGUGAACGAGUGUCAUAUGGGCCAGUUGUGGAUACCAUUCCGGCUUGGAGGAUGCAGCCAAUUGGAGCACCCAGCACGGCGCCAUCUGUUACUUUCUCUCUUGCUGUUGAAGCACGCAGUGUAGCUUCGUUGGAUGACGAGAUGGACGAGACCUUCUGUGGCGAUACUACUAUUGGAGAAACAGCAGGCGAAAAUGGUUGGGGCGAUGAUCAGACUCUUGAGGAUCUGGACGCGGACGCAUCGAUCAGCCGCGGUGCAACAGCACUUCAAACGCAAAGAGCCAAACCAAACAACCAGACAGAGAGCAGCCAACCCGAGAUCAUGGUUGAUCAUACCCCGCAGCUAAAAAUGCCUCCACCACAGAUGGGCGAUGCUUCACUGGUUGCACUUGCUCCGUCAGAGGCGGGCACAUAUCGCUCCGCUACUGACAGUGCAAUCGACGACGAUACUAUUACUCAUGAGGGAGACCUUUAUGGCAAGGUAGUCGAUCACACUCCUCGUUUAGCACCGCUCCCUCUCGUGACCAGCAACUCUAUGGCAGUGACUGCCGGUGCCGAAUUCAGUUCCGAAAUGGAGAGGGAGGAGGACUUGGAUGUCACUCUGGGUGGAGACACCAUGGAUGCGUUUGCUCAGGAAGAUGGCUGGGGCGAGGAAGACGCCUUGGAUGAAAUUGACGCUGACGUGCCAACAUCAGAACAGUCGACGGAUGAGAUAGUAGUGGAUCAUACUCCAGUCGCCGACACUCAACCCAAACCAGCGUUGACGGACCCCUCAGUGGCAGUUCUUGCACCAUCAGACGACGGCAGUCGUGAAGAAGACAAUGACACUUACCGGUACGAUGAACAAAUUGUCUUCGGUCCAAUGGUGGACCAAACACCCCAGCCUGAGGAUUAUGCCGCGAUGUCUGAGUCAGUGGUUGCGAGGCAUGAUGGGGAGCUUGAGGGGACUCUGUAUGGUGACUCUACAGUCGGCGGUGACAACGGAUGGGAUGAAGACGACAAUGCUCUUGACAAUCUUGAUGACGACGAAGAAAAAGAGUCGGAGUCUGUUGCUGCCGAUCCAACCACUACGAACUUGUGGCAGUCUGCAGAAUUGGUAUCAGACAACGCAUCUUCUCAUUUGGAAGGCUCAACUGUUGGCAAAUCAUUCCCUGAUGCAUCUUCUUCCCAGGAUGGAGUUGUCCUCGUAGACCACACUCCCUCCGAAAUUGACGCGUCUGCUCAGAAGAAUUCAGUUGCGUGGCUGGUUAAUGUUGAAUCGGGUAUCAGUGGAGACGAAACCGAGGAUGCGGGAGCGGCUGGUCCAGCGCCUGCGGCAGAGGAAGACCAAGUGGUAGACCGCAUCCCGCAUGGUGCAGCAUCGCGAUAUGGGGAUGCGUCCACUUUGGUUGUUGCAGAUCCAUCCGAAGUACUAUCCCAUGUAGGCGACAUGUUACAAGAAGAGGGCGACUUUGGACCAGUCGUAGACUUGACGCCACCCACGCGCCCCACGGCUCCACACGUCAUAUCGGCAGCAGGGUCUACAGUUGCUGUGGCUCCAACUGUAGGCCGAGACGAUUUAGACGAUGCUGACGCAGAUGACACUGUCAAUGCUGGAGAGGGGGAUGGUUGGGAACAAGAUCCAUCUGAAAUCGAUCAGACCCCCAACCCUCAGUCUGGAAAUGAGGAAGAACCUGAGGCUCCUCGUGUUCGCGAACAAGUUGUCGAUUUCUUGCCGCCGCCACAAAGAGAAAAUCCCCCGGACCAGAACCGCGAUGGGUGGUCGGAAGUGGCUACGGGAGGGGCGCCAUCGGUGUUGGCCGCGGAUCCCAGGGAAACCGAUUUCGGACCUGUUGUUGACCAGCUUCCUGUCGCAGUACAACAUGCCAAUGCCCUAUUUUCUGCCAUAUCUACUGCAAGUCAGGUUGCUUCCUCAGAGUGUGAUGCUCUUGCUGGGGAGGACGAAGGAACAGAAGAUGGCAAGGGCGCCCCCAGCGUGCUUGUCGACCCAUUGCCAAGUUCUGUUGCAUUGCAAAACCUUGAUUCAACUGCUUCUCUGGUGCACUCGUUGGCGAGCGAAGAUGAAGAUGACGAUGAUGCCAGGUACGGCCCAGUUGUAGACCAUCUCCCCUCCAUUAGGUCCUCGCUACCACCGUCUCGUGGUGGGUCAACCGUGGACGCAUUAGCAACUGUGUCAGAGGUGAUUGAUGACGACGAUGACGACGUGGAAAACGCAUCAAGUGAAGGUGGAGGUGACAACGGUUGGGGUGACGACGACCUCGGCGAGAUUGAUCUCUCCGAAAGAAUCGAAGAGAAGGGAGCCAGCUCCGACGAACCAGCUCCAGCUGUCAGCCAAACAAAGGAAAGGGCAGACGGCCAAAGCAAUCAACAAGGUGAUCGUUCUAUGACAGUACGUUUCCAAUCUGUCGUGGCGGCAAUAUUUGAAUCUAGCCCAAGCAACGACCCUCAGCAGCUGAGUCUGACAAGCGCAGAAGACGUUGAGACCCCAGCAGAGAACUCGGGGUUGGGGGAUCAGGCAGAACCAUUAGAGCCUGCAGAACCGAAUGCCUGGGACGACGAUGUUGAUUUCGAUGUAACUUUCAACACGAGGCUUAGUGGGAAUGAUCGAACAAUGCUGACGGAACGACUAACUCAGUUUUCGGAAGCGGACACUCCUCCAGCAACACCGUACUCACGUUCCAAGACGACGCACCGAGAUGCAGACGAUAUGCCUCCAGUUGGGGUGGCAUUGCCCGAUUUAAGUUCAGCAACAACGACGAAACUCAAGAUGCAGUGCAACACAUGCGAAAAUGCCACUACCAACGACUGCCCCUGUGUGCAGCGAAUACUAAGAAGGAAGCAAGACGGUGACGACUCGAUUAAAGUGGACUACAAUAAGCUUUUGCAGUCGGAGAUCACAAAGCGUCGAUUGAUUGAGGAGGAAACAAGCGAUUUGCGGCUGCAACUCGACACUCUCAAAAACUCGAAGUCAGCUGGAGAAGUGCGCAUGGAGACUGUUCGAACGCUUCAAGAACACGUCAAGGUUGUUGAAGGAAAGCUUCAAGAUGCCGAGAAAUUUGGUGAUUCGCUGCGAGACCAGAACAAGGAGCUCCAAUCUUCACUUGCGGACGCCCAAGGGACUCUCUCGACCUUGGAAGCACAGCGGACGCAAUGGGUCGCCAAAGAGGCCUCACUGAGAGAAGAAGCGGAAAGAAUCAGGAAAGAACUGCACCAAUCGCUGGAGAUUAACGAAAAGGAUCUGAAGACAGAGGUAGAAAGCAAGCAAAGUUUUGCGGACAAUCUAUCUCGGCAACUGGGAACAUUGCAGGAAGAGUCCUCUCGCUUACGAACUGAAAACGAAUCGUUGACGGCGGAUAUUACAACCCUCAGGCAAUGUCUCAAAGAUAAGGAGUCCCAGAUUGCCAAACUGGAAGCAGAUCUUCAGGAAUCAAAUGACAUGAUCUUCGAGCUCGAAAUGGCUUCCGAGUCAGCACGCGAGCUUCAGGAUCUUUACAAGGACGUGGAAUCAGAGCUUGUUGCCAAAACUGCACUCUGCGAACAACUGAGAAAUGACGUGUCGUUGUUAGAAAGGCGUGUUCAAGCGGCCGAAGGAGAAAAGAUCAACCUGACGAAUGAGAGUGCCAGUCUUCGCAAGCAACAUGAUGACAAAAUGGCUAGCUUGCAGAGCCAAUUGGAGAGGCUCCAGCUUGAGCUUGACGAAUCGAAGAAGUUGCGAAGCCAGGAAGCACAAGACGGUAGCAUCAAGCUAGCACAGGUGCAACAUGAAUAUGACAAGCUUUGCGACGAAAAGCAAGUGGUGGAAGCCAAUGCCCGUGACAGCCAGUCAUCGAGUGAAGCAGCGCUGAUAGAAUCCCGAGCUGGGCUUGCUGCAAAGGUUGAAGAGUUGCAUGCGGCAACUGAGCAUUUGAGCCACCUACAAGAGCAGAACACCCGCCUCGCGGCAGAGCUGGAAGAUGUUGCCGCCGUAUCUGCAAAGGCUCAAUCCUUGGAAGCAGCUCUGAAAACAGUUCAAGACGAACGGGAGUCCUUGAAAAUGCAACUGCAAGAAUCAAAUGAUUCGGUUGCGAGAUUGCAACAGCGAAUUGACGACCAGGGCAUCGAAGAAGGAGCCGUGGAACAGAAGAAAAACAUUGAAAUCGAAGCUUUGGUCGCAGAGCGCUCGAAGCUGCAGAGCGAGCUUGUUGAAAAAGGCCGCCAGAUUGAAAACCUGGAGCAAAACUCGCAAUCGUUUGCACAGGAAAAGGCUGCGCUGUCUACGGAGUGUGAACGGCUUCAGGCCAUGGCGGAAAGCUCCAGAGUCGAAGCGUCUGACGUAAACGAGCACCUAGCUAAGCUCUUGGAUGAGUUCGAGACAUUGCAGAAUGAGGUUGUCGGCCUUGAAGAAGACAAAGGGGCAGCCGAGGUCGAGAGAGACCACGCCGCGCAAAAGAGCAGGGAGCUCGAGACUUCACUGACGUCAGCGUUGCACGACGUUUCGCAGAGUGCCGAGAAAGCAAAAGAGCUGGAAUUUCUUCUGUCACAGCGACAGGAAGAGCAUGACCAGCUCUUUGCAAAGUGCAACGACCUGGAAGCGCUUCUUGCGGAGAAGGCGCAAGACUCGCACGAAAUUGGUCGGCUAAUACACGACAACACCGCCCUGUAUGAGCAGGUAACAGCCUUCCAGCAAGAACUGGCCAACCAAAACAUUGUUUUACAGAACUUUGAAGCUCGCGCUGCUGCCCUCGAGCAUGAGUUAUCCGCUGAGAGGCAAGCAGGCGCUACGAAGGACGAAACACUCAUCAGUCUUCAGGAGCAACUCGAAUCAACCCGCCGCAGCUUGGAAAUGUCAACGGAAGGAGCUAGUAAGCUUCCAGAACGGAUCGCUGAGCUCGAGCAAGAACGCGAUGAACUUGGACGGCACAUUCAGGAAUUAAGCAAUCAGAGAAAUCAAGCCGUCGUCGGCUCUGAAGGUUUGGCGCAGGAGAAUGAAGAGAUGCUUGUCCAAUUCGGUUUACUGAACGAACAGCUGGAUGCCUAUCGCGAGCAAGCGAAUGAGCUUCAGAACUUGUUGCAAAGCCACGAACAGACCACUGCAAUUACCGACGCGAGGAUACUCGAAUUGCAGCAACAACUUGUCGCUGCCGAAAACGUCCAAAGGGCCAGCAGCGAACAAAAUGCAAGCUUGGUGGAGGAAAAGAACAGAGAACUGAUUGAUCUACGAAACGAACAGAUCAAUCUUAUCGAAGAAAUUCAAGCCCUGAAUGAAUAUGGCGCCGAGAAGGACGAUAUAAUCAUAUCACUCACAAAUGAUCUGGAAAGUGUCAAGUCGCAGCUAGCUGGUUACGAAGAAUUGAAAGCAGAUUCCGCCUUUAUUACUAGGGAUAACGAUGAGCUCCGUUCUCAGAUCGAGAACCUGGAAAUGCAACGUGAUGAAGUCGAAGCCAACUUCAGUGUUCAGGAAGAGACCAUUUCGGCCUUGAGGAAUGAGCUGGACGAGUCGAGGGUGACCGCUUCGUCGUUUGAGGAUCGUGUGAAAGUGCUCGAAGAGGCAUGCGCAGAUCGCGAAGCAGCCCUGCAACAGAAGGAAGGAGAGAUUCGUGAAUUGGUAGGGCGCCUGCACGAUUCCAGCGGCUCGUCCGUUGAAAGCACCGAAGAGAUACUGGAGCUAAGGAAUAGGUUGAACGAGAUGGAAGCUUCAAACCAGGAAACUAUGGAUCGUGUGCACCAGUUGGUGGCAGAGCGUGAUACGUCAGAGGAAGAGCUAGCCUUCAACAGAAAGUGUCUUGCUGCUGCGGAAGCAUCCGCAGAGCAACUCGAGCAAGAGUUGGCUCAGCAGGAAGAGGAAGCGCGCAAACAAUCGGAGGACCAAGAAGCCCAUAUGUCAGAGCUUGAAAACAAACUGCAAGCCAAGAAACGUGAGGUAGCGGAGUUGACGCAUCGUAGCUCUGAUCUUGUGAAUGAAGUGGAAGCGGUUCGUGCCGAAUUGGACGCCUUGCAAUCACAACCACGGCCGCAACCACAGCCGCCCGCUCUAGCUGUCGACGAAGCCGCAAUUACCGAGCUGGAAUCACUCAGGGGCCUCGUUUUCUCAUUGGAAGAGCAGCUGGAAUCAUCGAAGUGCAAUGCCGAUGAACGCGAGGAGGUUCUCCAAGAGGAGAUCAACGCCCUGAAAGGGCGAAUCGCGACGAAGGACGGCGAGGCCUUGGUGCUGAAGAACAGGGUCGAAUCUCUCCGUGGGGAGGUUCAGAGUUCCAGGGAACAAGUUGAGGGUAAAGUGGCUGAACUUCAAGGGCUGGCUUCGGAAAUGGAUAGCAUUCGAAAGAAUCAGGAGGCAAUUCCCGAGAGUUCCCAGAUAUCUGCUUUUCAUCUACUUGAAGCGACCAAAGAAAACGCCGAAAACUUGGACAGUUUGCGUGCCACAGUGAUUUCCUUGGCCAGCGCACUGGAGACCUCUGAAAACCUCAGAGCGGAUGCCAUUGACCGGCUUUUGAAGGAAAGGGAGACUUACGCCGUGAGCCUUCGCCAUUUUAGUGAUUCUGUGAAGCGGUUCUACACGACGCUCAGCUUCAACAAUGUUUGAUUCGAACCGGUGGUAUUUGAAUUGCAAUCCAGCCAGCUACUAGCUAGAGUUUCAUAACGAGCAACAAAGGCUAUAAGUACAGUACGAAGAAGUUGAGUGCGACUGGUGGCUGUAGCAAGGUAUCCGGAUGCUGGAGAAACUUGAAUGACCCGUU